AUGCUUCAUGAUAUAGAACAAAUGAAAAUGACAGAUCUUCAAAUGCAACAUAGUGUAAACCACCAAGAUGAGUUGGAGUUUGAAGAUAGUCUUGAAAGGAUGUCCCGUGACUUAGUCAGUGAUAUUUUAAACCGUGCACGAUGUAAAGUUGCAAGUGAAACAUCUAACACAGAACAAAAUAGACCAGAGUCACAGUCAAAAAAAUUAGCAGUACUUACACCACAGUUAUCAUUAUCAACUUCAUCCUCUUCACCUAAGAAAUAUAUUGAAUACGCUAACUCAUUUAUCAUUUCUCCAACAAAUCAAACAUCUGUUACUAAUGAGGAAAUUCAAACCUCGAAUGCUGACAAGGAAAACACUUCACCUGGAGAUUUAGCCACUGAAGUGAAAUCAUCAGAAAGAAAACCAUUUGGUCAACGCACAAGAAAAUUUGAUUUUCAUUCCAAUGUUUUAAAUGACUUCAGAGGUAUUGGAGUUGGAUCAGCCACACCUGAUACUCCACGUCAAACAGACUAUCAAUGUAAUUCUAGUACAGAAGUAUGUACAGUAAAAAGUAGUAUUUUCACUCCACUAUACUGUCAUACAAAUAAAUCUGUUUGUUUGAGGGAAAUGUCACCAUCACCGUCAAGUCUUUCACUCAUUUUAAUUGAAAGUAAUUCGUCUGACUUAUCCAAAAGACAGAAUUUGAAUCCUGUUAGCGAAUAUGCUGCAUCUUGCAGAAUGCUUACAUACAGACAAGAUUCUCCAACAGUUAUAAACACUGUUGACAUAGAACAAAAGUUGAAGCCGUUCAGCUCUCCCCUUCCAGUUUAUAUUCCAUCCACAGCCUGUACUCGGAUUCUUAAACAAUCCGAAAUUCACAGAUCCACAAAUGGGUAUAAUUCACUACUCAACAGAUUCAGAGAUGCUGAUACUACCGGUAUUAACUUACCGUAUCAUGAUAAUAUUUCUCUGGAUUUAGAAACAUCUAGUACUAACUGUGACAGUGAUAAUUACACAAUUCGUACAAAACAAAAAGUCAAUAAACCAAAAGUACCACGUCUGAAAUUAUCAUCAAGUCCAAAGUUGAAUGAUUCCCUACACAUAUACUGUACGGGAAAAGUAGCAUCAGCACCAACAAGUAAAUCUCAGUCUAACAACAAAUUUUAUCUUCCAGAACCUAGUCCAGAGGUAUUGAAACAUUAUCGUUAUUUAUGUGCUCAACAAGCUGUGAAAGAAGCCUCUCUUAUUAAAGCGAUAACUGAGGCUGAGACUAAAGCAAAAUGUGAUAAAAUUGCACACUAUGAUCUAUUAAGACAAAAAUCAGCAAAAUCUGCAUAUGAUCGUUAUAAAAAGCAAAUUAGAUUUAUAAACUCACACCAGUCAAGGAGAGAUGACCUUAUUACAAAUCGUUUAAACAAAACCAAUAACUCUAACAAUAGAUUAAGUUUAACUAGACCUGAAAAUUUUGUACACUUAUUGCAAAAAGAGAAUAAACCAAAAAGUUCUCAGUAUUCAAGUAAAGAAGACUUAUAUUCAAAUGUCGAAAAAUCAAGAAAGCAACGUUCAGUACUGAGCAGUAAAAAUCAUAAUGUAAGUUAA